AUGGGGGGCAAGGGACUGGCCGACUACGAUAUUGCGGCUCGUAACAAUCCUCAACCCAGUCAGUCAGGAUUCAACUACACGUCAACAUCAACGAUCACCUUGGCUAAAGCUUCUUCCGCGCCUCCCAAACUAACAACAGCAUACGCCCGGGACGUUCCCCUCGAACUUCACACGCAGGGCAUCAGAGAGACGCUAGAUUGCCUCAGAGGAGGUGAGUCUUCAGAAGCCCUCCUCGCGCUUCGCCGCCUCCAAAACGAAGCUGAGAAGCGCGCGCGAAGCAACCGCAACGAGGCCGACACCAUCCUGCGCGCCCUCAACAUCGUCCGCGGCAUUACGUCGUGGAGGCCAGAAGUUACGCAAGCUGAGAGCGGCCAGGAUCUGUACCGGGAUGAAAGCAGCAGCAGCGAUGAACAGAAAAUUGCGAAACAGCAGGAAGAGGUAACGGCGCCACCUGCCGAAGGAAACAAGAUGAACGUAGGUACUGACGGGACGAGCAGGUCACACAGGACGAAGGACAAGAUGAAGAAUGGGAAGACCUUGGGAGACGGAUCUGGCUCCCGUCCAUCUCUUCGCCGCAUUUCUUCGGAGACGGAAGGGGCGACUUCUCUCUCCUCGCGUCGCAGUUUUCAACAGGAGACGAUGCGCGAUGCUCUUCCUCGUGUUCCCACGGACGGAAGGAGCGAAAGUCCCGGUUCGCUGAGCACUUCGAUGAUGAUGUUGGCAGAGAGCCCUAUCGACACCUCUGAGGAAGACUACCGAGAGAACUCUGCAAGGUCCAUGAGGCAUGUGCUGGACACAUACCGCAACCCGGGCCCGUCGUCGCCUCCGGCGUCCGCGACAUCGAGCGAGUACUCUGACGAAGAAGUGAAUAUUAGCGACUUCCCCCGUCCUCCCACCGCUCUCGACUGGCACGAGAAUAAGCGGGAGACAUCACCUACCGAGAGCCCAAUCGCGGACUCUUCAAUUGAGGAGUUCGUUGCACACGAAGAACAAACAAACGCCGAAAUCGGACACGCAGAUGCAGUAGAGAUAUUUGGAGAACCUGCCUCAGAGCGCAAACCCAAGGAGCUAGAUAACGGAAACCAAAUUACCCUUGGCCCGGGAACCUACACUUUCAUUCAGGGUGGCAAGACCAUGACGAUCACCGUCAGAGGUAGUGACCAGGUGCAGGUUGGAUAUACCAACCCUCCAUCCCCGUCCAACGUCGAUCAGGAUAUCCUCGGUGACGACCGGGAGCCUUCUUCAGCAACGACAGACGGUUCCAUUGACGAUCUGCUGGAACAUUACUCAGAAUCCUCGUCCUCAUCUGAAGGCGACGUUCUCACUCCCGUGGAUGUUCCACUUCCGGAGACACUGACCCAAGGGAUUGACCUGCCUCCGUUCUUUCCUAAUGCACCCAAUGCUCAAGGUCCCCUAGCUGUAAUCAGAGCAGGUCUCUCUCUACCCGAGACAGCAACUCAUAAAGAGAUCCAAGAUCACAUUGCUUGUAACUCGACCAUCCUUCGCUACCUCGCUCUCCACGUCAUCCCCUCCCCAGACAUCAACCCGGUGGAACAGCUCACAGAUCUCCACGAGCUGGCCCUCGCCUCUCAGGAUGGCAAAACAGAGUACACUCGUCUCCUGCAGGCGAUACGCUCGGUAUAUUGGGACUCGGGCCCAGUGAUUGAGAUGCUUAGCUUUGUUGACGCCUUCGCGUCUUCAAAUGACCUCCGCCGAAGGCAUAGGAUCCUCCCAGCAUUCCGCAAGAUUCGCGCUGCGGACUCACAGAGGAAGGGCUGUCUCACGUCCACAGAAAUUCAUACCCUUAGCAAACACGGCCUCUCACUUUACGACCUUGUACCCAUAGCUGAUCUCCCGAAAGUUAUCAGCCAUGGCUUGAUGGGUCGUUUGAUUGAGGCGGCGGCAACAGGGGUACUGGAGACACUUAAGGAGUGCGAUAUCCUUAACGAAGACGGCGCGCUACUGGAGUUGCUUUCCGCAGUAGAUGGCAAGGCAACGACUCCAGAGAGCAUUGAGAGAAAGAAGAGCGUGGUUGGAACGCCUAGUCGGCUUCGCUUUUGCGAGAAUGUCGCCUCGACCGAAGGGCUUGAGAAAAACGAUACUGCUGGAGAGGCCGUGAGAAGCACCUGGAGUGUGAGCUCAGAGUCGAGCGACGAUGACGAUGACGAAGAACACUAUGAUACGCAAGAGGACUCUAGUAUGUCGGACUCUCAACUGAACGAUUACGAGACGUUUUUCAAGAGCAUACAGAACAGCGCACCAAGCUCUCCCGACCCGUCGCUGGACGACAAGAGUGAGGCACCUAUCAUCAACCGACGACCGAUGCUCGCAAGAUCCACUGGUGGCUUCAGAGCAAUCGACGCCACGUCCGUCUCGGUAGACGAGGAGACGAAGAAAAGCUUCGAGCUGUCACGCUUCUUUGAGGAAAUUGGGACGAACCCAGUGGUCAUUGACACGGAAACAAUCUCUACCCAGUUUCUUCACCCUUUCCUCGAAGACGCGUUAUCCCAUGAUGGAACGGCACACAAGCUCUCCCUCCACCCAUUCCUACAAGAAACAGACGACAUAUCUCAAGACUUGACGACAUAUUGGGGGGUAAAUUUGGGAGGCAUUUUGGACGCUUAA